AUGGAAGAAGUCAUCGGAGGAGCCAAAAAGCGAUGGAAUUUCGGCGCAAACGAGGUCGUCGAACGAUCAAGCCCUCUCAGCAUUCGUGAGUAUCUUACCACCUUGCUUAGCCAUCUCGACGCCGGCGACGCCAGACCCGUCAUCCCCCUCGGCCACGGCGAUCCUUCUCCGUUCCCGAGAUUCAGUACCGAUCCUUCCGCCGUUGAAGCCAUCUGCGACGCUGUCCGCUCCAACCAGUUCAACAACUAUUCUUCCUCUUCCGGCAUUCCUAUCGCUAGGAAGGCUGUUGCGGAGUACCUCUCUCGUGACCUCUCUUACCAGAUAUCUCCAGAUGAUGUUCAUAUCACAGCUGGUUGCUUGCAAGCCAUUGAGAUUUUAAUCUCCGCACUCGCAACUCCUGGUGCCAACAUCUUGCUGCCUAGACCCUCUUACCCGAUGUAUGACUCUCGAGCGUCUUUUAGUCAGCUUGAGGUCCGUUAUUUCGACCUCCUACCGGAAAACGGUUGGGACGUUGAUCUAGAUGCAGUUGAAGCUCUUGCAGAUGACAAGACCGUGGCUAUAGUUGUUGUCAAUCCUUGUAAUCCUUGUGGAAACGUUUUCUCUCGCCAACAUCUUCAAAAGGUUGCAGAGACGGCUUGCAAGCUUGGAAUACUUGUGAUCUCAGACGAAGUGUAUGACCAUUAUGCAUUUGGAGAGAAACCGUUUGUGUCAAUGGCAGAGUUUGCAGAGAUUGUGCCUGUGGUUUUGUUAGGAGCUAUAUCGAAAAGAUGGUUUGUUCCUGGCUGGAGACUUGGCUGGAUGGUGACUCUUGACCCUCAUUGCAUCAUGAGAGAUUCUGGGUUCGCAAAGACUCUUAUCAACGUCCUCAACAUGUCGACAGAUGCUGCAACUUUCAUUCAGGGAGCGAUUCCUGAUAUCAUUGGGAACACGAAAGAAGAAUUCUUCUCGUCCAAGCUCGAAAUGGUGAGAGAAUGUGCAGAGAUUUGUUAUGAGGAGAUUAUGAAGAUCCCUUGCAUCACUUGCCCCUGCAAACCCGAGGGGUCAAUGUUCACGAUGGUGAAGUUAAACCUUUCGCUACUCGAAGAUAUCAGUGAUGAUUUGGACUUCUGCUGCAAGCUGGCUAAAGAGGAAUCACUGAUCAUUCUACCAGGUCGAGCUGUUGGGCUUGAGAACUGGCUACGUAUCACCUUUGCGGUGGAGCUCGAUCUCCUCAUAGACGGGUUUUCAAGGCUAAAGAACUUUGCUCAGAGACAUUCCAAGAAGCAGCCAUGA